CAUGGCUGAGCGGGUGCUGGUGAUCGGCAGCGGAGGCAGGGAACACGCCCUGGCCUGGAAGUUGGCCCAGUCCCCGCAGGUCAAACACGUGUUUGUGGCUCCAGGAAAUGCAGGGACAGCUGACAACGGAAAAAUCUCCAAUUCAGCUGUAUUAGUGAGCAAUCACACUAUUGUUACCCAGUUCUGCAAAGAUCAUAACAUUGGGCUUGUGUUAGCUGGCCCAGAAGCUCUUUUGGCAGCUGGGAUUGUGGAUGACCUGAGGGCAGCAGGAGUUCGGUGCUUUGGGCCCUGUGCCAGGGCAGCCCAGCUGGCCUCCAGCAGCAGCUCCAGCAAAGCCUUCCUGGAGCGGCACGGGAUCCCCACGGCGCGCUGGAAAGCCUUCAGCAACCCCCAGGAGGCCUGCAGGUUCAUCACCAGCACAGACUUCCCUGCACGGGUGGUGCGGGCACGGCGUCCAGCGGCCAGGAAAGAAGUGACCAUUGCAGCCAGCAAGGAGGAGGCCUGCAGAGCUGUCCAGGAGAUUAUGCAGGACAGAAUGUUUGGAGAAAUGGUUGUUAUUGAAGAACUGCUUCAAGGGGAAGAACUUUCUUGCUCCUGUUUCACCGACGGUGUCACCGUGGCCUCCGUGCCCCCGGCUCAGCCCCACAAGCGGCUGCUGGAGGGGGAGCAGGGUCCCAGCACGGCGGGGAUGGGAGCCUAUUGCCCCGUGCCUCAGGUUCCAGAAGCUCUUCUAGAUCAAAUCAGGGGUGCAGUCCUCCAGCACGUCGUGGACAGCUUGAGACAAGAAGGAGCAGCCUAUGUAGGUGUGCUGCAAACAGGUUUGAUGCUGACCAAAGAGGGGGUGAAGAUUUUAAACUUUAAAUGCCAGUUUGGGGACCCCCAGUGUCAGGUAAUUCUUCCUCUGCUUAAAAAUGAUUUUUAUGAAGUGAUUCAAGCAACAAUUGAUGGCAAACUCUGCAGCUGCAUGCCAGCCUGGUGGGAGGACAGAACUGCUGUGUGUGUGGUCAUGGCCAGCCCAGGAUACCCAGGAGACUCUGAAAAAGGCAUGGAGGUCACAGGGCUUUUGCAAGCCAAGGAGCUGGGGCUGCAGGUGUUCCACGGGGGCACGGCGCUGAAGGACGGCAGGGUGGUGACCAGCGGUGGCAGAGUCCUGUCCAUCACUGCUGUCAGGCAGGACCUGAUGGAAGCCCUGGGAGAAGCCAACAGGGGCUUGGCCACCAUCCACUUCCAGGGGGCCACCUUCAGGAGGGACAUCGGGCACCGGGGCCUGCGGCUGCUCCGGCAGCCCCUGGCCCUGGUGUACAAGGACAGACACGUGGGGACUGGAACCAGGGAUGUUUGGAGCCGUCUGCCACAAACAUCGGCUGUGAGAGGCACCAGGGCAGGAGGCCGCUCAGAAGGAGGAGGCUUUGCUGCUUUCUUUGACCUGAAGGCAUCUGGUUACCAUGAUCCCAUCCUGGUGUCCCAGACCAAGGGCCUUGGGCCCAAACUGCAGGUUGCCCAGGUCUGUAAAAGACACGACACCAUCGGGCAGGACCUGGUGGCUCUGUGUGUCAAUGAGCUCCUGGCUCAGGGGGCUGAGCCCCUCUUCUUCCUCAGUCACUUGGCCUGUGGCAAACUCGAUGCUGAAGUGAUGGAAACAAUCAAAGAAGGAAUAGCUGAGGCUUGCAGGAGUGCAGGAUGUGCUUUCCUGGGUAUGGACCCUCCUGAGGUGACGGAGGAGGCUCCGUGUCCCUCUGGGCCCUGGGCCCUGGCCGGGUUCGUGGUGGGAGCAGCAGAGCGGGGCCAGAGGCUGCCGGGGCUGCAGCGAGCCGAGGAGGGGGACGUGCUCCUGGGGCUGGGCUCUCCCGGCAUCCACGGCCGCGGCUUCGGCGUCGUGAGGAGGAUCCUCCUGACGUCCUCCCUGCGCUGCUCCUCCCCAGCCCCGGGCAGCUGCGGGCACGGCACUCUGGGAGAUGUUUUGCUGACCCCAGGGAAAAUGUUCAGCCCAGCUCUGCUGCCUGUCCUUCGCUCGGGGCACGUGAAGGGCUGUGCCCCCACGGCUGAGGGGCUCCUGGGGGGCAUCUCCAGGCUCCUGCCCGAGCACCUCAGCGCUGUCCUGGAUGCUCUCAGCUGGAAGAUCCCUGAAAUCUUUUGCUGGCUCUACAAGGAGGGGAACCUCUCUGCAGAGGAGAUGGCUCAGAGCUUUCCCUGUGGCAUCGGGGCCGUCCUGGUUGUGCAGAAGGAGCUGGCCCAGCAUGUUCUCCAGGACAUCCAGAGGCAGCAGGAGGCUUGGCUGAUUGGGAAGGUGGUUGCCCCUUGUCACACAGGUUCUCGCAUUGCAGUGGAGAAUCUUGCAGAGGCCCUGCAGCUGAGCAGCCCCCAGCAGCUGCUGAAGGACAGCACUGCUGAGAUCCAGCCCAGAAAGAGAAAGGUGAAGGUGGCUGUUCUUGUCUCUGGAGCAGGCACGGCGCUGUCUGCGCUCAUCGGCUCUGCCCGCGAGCCGGGCAGCUGUGCCCAGCUGGUGCUGGUCAUCUCCAACAGACCCGGCGUGGAGGAGCUGCGGAGCGCGGCCCGCGCUGGCAUUCCCACCAGGGUGAUCGAUCACAAAUUGUACGGGAGUCGCUCGGAAUUCGACAGCACCAUUGACCGAGUCCUGGAGGAAUUCUCUGUGGAGCUGAUCUGUCUGUCAGGAUUCAUGAGAGUUCUGUCCAGCCCUUUUCUCCGGAAAUGGAAAGGGAAAAUUUUGAAUGCUUCUCCAUCACUUUUUCCACUCGUCAAGGAUGGAAAUGCCCAUCAGGAGCCCCUGGAAAGUGGAUUAAAAGUUGCAGGCUGCACUGUGCAUUUCGUCCUGGAGGAGCCGAGUGCCGGGGCCGCGAUCCGCCGGGAGCCGCUGCCGGCGGAGGCGGGGGCCGCGCUGCGAGAGCGGCUGCGGGAGGCCGAGCUCCGGGCCUUCCCCCCGGCCCUGCAGCUCGUGGCCAGCGGCGCCGCCUGGCUGGGAGCCCAUGGAAGAACCUGCUGGAGGCGGGGGAGCCACAGGCUGAGCCCUGAGGAGGAGCAGCAGGGACACGGAGCGUCCUCUCCCGCCGCUGCGGAGCCUCAGGAACAGCGGGGGCUGUGGGCAGAUCCUUGA